AUGGGAACUAGACGCCUCAGUGAGGUACGUAAUUGGCGAGGACGUACCGAGCUCUCAAGGGGCGGGCGGCGUGUGCGUCCGAAGGAUUCUGGAUGCUCGGGAGAUACCUGGACACGUUACGUCGGUACGUACCUACGCCUGUGCGCCAUCUCUCCCCUAGCUUACCUUCUUUACCUUUGCCUUACCUUGCUGCGAAUGUUGGCAGGCAAGUACAUUGGGACGAAACCGCGAAAAACUGCCUUGUAG